CCAAAAUAGCACCCAAACAUUGAAAGUUGUCAUCCCUAGACUUUUUUCAACGUGUCGCGAGAAGAUUUAAUAGUUUUUCUAAAGUAUUUUUAAGAAAUUCACAAUGAAUUUGACAGUUAAAGUACAUCCUGUAGUCUUAUUCCAAAUCGUUGAUGCGUUUGAAAGACGUAAUGCUGAUUCACAGCGUGUUAUUGGGACUCUAUUAGGUUGUGUGGAAAAAGGAGUUGUAGAAGUAACAAACUGCUUCUGUGUACCUCAUAAAGAGACCGACGAUCAAGUUGAAGCUGAAAUUAGCUACGCAUUAGAUGUAUAUGAUUUAAAUAGACGUGUAAAUUCAUCGGAGAGCAUUGUCGGCUGGUGGGCAACUGGAAAUGAAGUAACCAACCAUAGCUCAGUCAUUCAUGAAUAUUAUGCUAGAGAAUGCAACAAUCCAAUCCAUUUGACUUUGGAUACAUCUCUUCAAGGAGGCAAAAUGGGUCUUAAAGCCUACGUCUGUGUCUCUUUGGGAAUUCCAAGUGGUGUCCAAGGAUGUAUGUUUACACCAAUCAAAGUUGAUACUGUUUGCUACGAACCAGAAGUUAUUGCAUUGAAAUUGUCACAAAAAACAAUCGGAACUCGUUCACGUCAAGUUGAGCCGAUGAUGGAUCUUGCUCAAAUCUCUGAAGCCAGCGAGAAAUUAUUGGGACUUUUAAAUCAUGUCUUACAAUACGUUGAAGAUGUUCUCAAUGAAAAGCAACAACCAGAUAAUGCAGUCGGACGUUCACUCUUAGAUCUUAUUCAUUCCGUUCCAAACAUGACUCACGAUCAAUUUGCCACAAUGUUCAAUUCCAAUGUUAAGGAUCUUCUUAUGGUAGUCACAUUAUCGCAAUUGAUUAAGACACAAUUACAGCUAAACGAACGAUUGACUCAAUUGAGCACCACAUAAAAUAACUAGCUUCAUGAAUGGAUAUAUGAAUUAUGGAAUUUAAAAGAAAAAUGUAUAAAUUUUUUUCACUAAUUGAUACAAUGCGAAAUAAAUGAUUGAUGAGUGGAAAAAUGGCAUUUUUAUUCUUUUGCGUGACUG